AUGUCUAAUGGCUUUUUGCUAUCUCUGCCUAUCCGGAAAUGGUGCUCCUUAGGCUGGAAUAUCGAGCAGAUGAACAACUACUUCCCUAUUAGCAAGUUCGAACACGUCCACCCUGUGGAUCUUUGUCCACCGCCAUGCCGUUUUAUUCGCGAACGUUCCCAAAAGAUUGGCUGGACUAAUGUUACUGUCAUCUACGAAGGUGCUCUUAGUUCCAACCUCCCAGGCUUGGAUGAUCUCAAGGGUAAGUUUAAUCUUGUGACGAUGUCCUAUCUUUCCAUGAUAGGCAAUAUUUAUGCUCUAGUCGAUCACAUCCAAACCUUGCUCGAGUUCAAGACUGGUGUCACCGGUGUCUCUGACUUUUACACUUCCAGAAAUGUGACUAAACCCAGCGUUUAUGGGGUUGAGGAUUACCAAUCCAACUGGCUCACCCACAACUUUUAG